UUGGAGGUCCUGGUGUUACGGGGACCUGGUGUCAGGAGGACCUGGUGUUAGGGGGAACAAUUUGAAGGUCCUGACGUUAGGGGGACCUUGUGUCCGAAGGACGUGGUUUUAGGGGGGCCUGGUGCUGUGUGGAUCCAGAUGAAGGUGUUAGGAGGACCUGGUUUGUUAGGGGGAACAAUUUGAAGGUCCUGAUGUUAGGGUGACCUUGUGACAGGAGGAUCUGGUGUUAGGGGGAACAAUUUGAAGGUGCUGAUGUUAGGGGUACCUUGUGUCAGGAGGAUCUGGUUUUAGAGGGACCUGGUGCUGUGUGGACCCAGAUGAAGGUCUUGGUGUUAGGGGGACCUGGUGUAAGGGGGACCAGGACCACCAGCUCCCCCUGACACCAGCCCCGCCUGACACCAGCUCCCCCUGACACCAGCUCCUCCUGACACCUGCUUCUCCUAAUACCAGGUUCUCCUGACACCAGCUACCCCUAACACCAGGUCGUCCACAUGACACCAGAUCUUUCUGACACUAGCUCCCCCUGACACCUGCUCCCCCUGACACCAGCUCCUCCUGACACCAGGUCCCCCUGACACCAAGUCCCCCUGACACCAGGUCCCCCUGACUACAGCUCCCCGACACCAGGUCCUCCUGACACCAGGACCUCCUCACACCAGGUCCCCCUCACACCAGCUCCCCCUGACACCAGCUCCCCCUGACACCAGGUCCUUCUGACACCAGCUCACCCUGACACCAGGUCCUCCUGACACCAGCUUCCCCUGACACCAGGUCCCCCUGACACCAGCUCCCCCUGACACCAGGUCCCCCUGACACCAGGUCCUCCUGACAUCAGGUCCUCCUGACACCAGUUCCCCCUGACACCAGGUCUUCCUGACACCAGCUCCCCCCUGACACCAGCUCCCCCUAACAUCAGGACCUUCAACUGGGUCCCUCUGACACUAGCUCCCCCUAACACCAGAUCGUCCACGUGACACCAGGUCCUUCUGACAUUAGCUCCUCCUGACUACAGCUCCCCCUGACACCAGGUCAUCCUGACACCAGGUCCCCCUGACACCAGGUCCUCCUGACACCAGGUCUCCCUGACUACAGCUCCCUAACACCAGCUCCCCCUGACACCAGGUCCUCCUGACACCAGCUCCUCCUGACACCAGGUCCCCCUGACACCAGGUGCCCCUGACACCAGGUCCUCCUGACACCAGCUCUCCCUGACACCAGGUCCUCCUGACACCAGCUCCCCCUGACAUCAGGUCCUCCUGACACCACCUCCCCCUGACACCAGGUCCUCCUGACACCAGCUCCCCCUGACACCAGCUCCCCCUGACACCAGCUCCCCCUGACACCAGGUCCUCCUGACACCACCUCCCCCUGACACCAGGUCCUCCUGACACCACCUCCCCCUGACACCAGGUCCUCCUGACACCAGCUCCCCCUGACUCCAGGUCCUCCUGACACCAGGUCCCCCUGACACUAGGACCUCCUGACACCACCUCCCCCUGACACCAAGUCCUCCUGACACCACCUCCCCCUGACACCAGCUCCCCCUAACACCAGCUCCACCUGACACCAGGUCCCUCUCACACCAGGUCCUCCUGACACCAGGUCCCUCUCACACCAGGUCCUCCUGACACCAGGUCUCUCUCACACCAGGUCCUCAUGACACCAGGUCUCUCUCACACCAGGUCCUCCAGAGGAACCCUUGUAGUUCUCAUCUGCUGAGGGUCUGAUCAGUUCUGGUUACUAGUAACUCAUGUCUCUGUACUUAGGAUGUUGUGUGUUUAGUGUGUUAUUCUCUGUAAAGUGUUCUAAUGGAUUCUAUUAUCUGACUCUACUGUGUUUGUCCUCAGAGUGUCCAAACUGUCAGUUUGUCUUCAGUCUGUCCAAAGGAGGCUGUCUUCACUUUACCUGCAGUCAGUGUCAGCAUCAGUUCUGUGGAGGCUGCAGUCAGCCCUUCAGUCCUGGAUCUGCAUGCAGGUUCUCUGCUGACUGUGGAACCAAAGGACUUCACGCCCAUCACCCCAGAGACUGUCUGUACCACCUGAGAGACUGGAGCGUGCCCCGCCUACACCUGCUGCUACAGUAUUACAGAGUGUCUCCCACCUGGUUGGAACCAGCCAAUAACAGCUCUGCUGGCAGCAGUCAGACAGGACUGUGUUUGGUUUUGGAGCUCAGAGACGACGGCGGCAGGCGGGAGGAGCCGUGCGGACGACUGGCGCUACCUGAGUACAGAGGAUACUGCCAGAUGCAUUAUAAGGAGCGUUUGGUGGAGCUGAUCAACCGUUGCUGUGCCGACCCAGCGGUCCUCUUCAGCCCGGCAGAGAUGAUGGCGGAGCUGCAGCGCUGGAACGUCGCCACGCCGACCAGGAAACCAGAGGAACCAGAGCCACUGUACACACACCGCCUCCGCCUGACUUUGACCAACAGUGUUCCUCUCAGGAAGCCGCCGAGCUUUCUACUCAAACUCAACAACGACCUCUGACCUCUGCUGCAGCUCCUGGAACUCCGCCUCCUCACCUGCUGGCUGACUCUGCCCACUCCUAACAUGUCAGCCAAUCAGAGGGUUCUGUGUCAGCGCAGUUAUCACUAACAUUAAUGUAAAUGGAGUUCUGAAGGCAAAGUGUACUUCUGGCCACGCCCCCUGUAGUGAUGUCGCACCAGGUGAAGGGUGGUCCUCAUGUGUCUCCAUCCCAGUGACUGAUUGACUCAGUAGUUGUCAUGGAAACGUAGCCAUACAAACAAAGGGACCAAAGGAAGAGCGAGCAGCCAAUCAGAGCUCAGGCCUGAAGUUCACUUUAACAACAGCAUUCUAACAAGCUAACGAUGCUAACAAGGCUCUGCUCAGUGUUUAUCCUCUUGUGUUUGUUAGUGUUAGCGCUUGUUAGCAUGUAUUAGCAUGUGUGAGCAGGACUAACACAUCAUAGUGUUAGUAUAUGUUAGCAGUGUUAGCACUUGUUAGCAUGUAUUAGCAUAUGAUAGCAGGACUAGCACCUGUUAGCCUGUGAUAGCAGUGUUGAUGCAGGUGAAUGAUGCAGGUGUGACAACUCCUCUGAACUUAACUUUUUUUCUGCACUUUAACUGUUUGAUUAAAAACAAAUGACAUCAUC